CGCGUGCACUUGGAGUGCGGCGGCGGCCGCGUCAUCGGCCGGUGCCAAAAUCAAUAAUCAGUAUUGUUUAUCGAUUUUUUUCGCUACGUUUUACUACUCAAGCCGUUCUCGCCACCGUCGCGUGAUUCAACAUAUUCACGCGUACUUUUUGAGAGGGUUGUUUUUGCCUUGUGCGCUUAAGGACGAAAACUGCAGCCAUUGCCGGGACGCCACCGGACACCAAGAGUUUACAAUGUCCAACAUGGUGAAUGCUGAAAAUUAUCAAUUAAAAUGGCACAGUCAUGGUGCUCAUUUACACUCUACCAUUGCAACAUUACAUGGCACCUCUGCAUUUACAGACGUAACACUAAGUACAACUGAUGGACAUAAUGUUUCUGCACAUCGCUUUGUGUUAUCGGCUUGCAGUGCUUAUUUACAUCAAGUGUUCCAGAGUUGUUUGUCUAACAAUUUAGUCAUAGUUUUGCCUGCAGACAUAAGUUACCGUACACUAUGCAUACUACUUCAAUAUAUGUACAGCGGUGAGGCAACAGUCACCAAUAGCCAAUUGGACAGAGUAUUGAGAGCAGGAGAAGUAUUGAAAGUAAGAGGAUUGUGUCACAACAAUGAAAACACUGUGGGUGUUGUACCUAGACAACAAACACCUGACAAUAAGGACGAUAAAGCCAAGUCAAAGACUAAAGGGGAUAUGCCUUUAUCAGUUAGGUCAGACGAUAACGAAAAUAAAGAAAAUGAAAAUGAUAAAGAAAACGAUGAGAACGAAAUGAGAAAAGAAAACUCGGAGAAUGAAGAUCCAAUGCAUAAUGCUUUACAGUUGGAGAUUACUGUCAAAGAAGAACCAUUAGAAUGGAAUGAUAAUGAUCGAACUGAAAUGACAAUACAACCAGAACUUUUUUCCAACUACGAUGACGAUGAUGAUGAAGCAGAAACUGACUAUUAUGCACCUUUAACUUGCGAUAUGUGUCAAGAAACAUUCAGAACUCCGGCCCUUUGGGUUAGACAUAUUCAAACUCACGAAUUAGGAUCCAUAACUGAUAUUCCCAAAAGAAAACGUAGAAAAACAACGGAUGAGGAUGAUGGAGAAUUACCACCAUUACGCUGUGAGCUCUGUCAAGAAGAAUACUUAACACCUGGAGAUUGGGUUAGACAUAUACAAAAUGCACACACUGAAGAACAGUUAGCGAUCACAAACAGCUUAGCGAGUGGUGGGUCAGGAGUAAUACCUUCAGUAAAACGUCCUCGGCCUCGAAUAAUGAAUGGGCGUAAAGUAUGCCCUACUUGUACAAAAACAUUCCCGUCUCAUGCCAGUAUGUUAAUACAUAGUCGGACACAUACAGGGGAACGACCCUAUCAAUGCGGAGUAUGUAGUAAAGGGUUCAAUGUCAAGAGCAAUUUACUUAGACACAUGAGAACAUUACAUGAUACAGUAAUAAGUCCUAAUGCUAUGGUAGAGUAUUGCAAUGCUCAGGACGAAGUGCCACCUACAACUUAAGCAUUUUCCACUAUACAUUAAUUGUUUGAUUUUUAGUUUAAGCAAUAACUAUGUUUUUAGAACAGCUACCGAUUAAGAGAUUGCUACACACCUUUUUAUUUUUCACAGAUUCGUAAUUGAACUACAAUAUACUUUUAUUUUAUUGGUAGUUUUUAUUUUUCAUCAACUACCACGCAUUUGUUUACAAUUAUUUUUCUUUAGUUUACUUCAAUAUUAUUGGUUAGCUCAAAAUUAAUACUAUUUCAGUGAAUAGGUCAUAGUAUCUUACUUAAUACUUUGACGAUACCAGAAAAACAAACCAUGAAGACAUUAAAAAAAAAAAAAAACAAAU